CGUCUUUCCAUCCGCAACAAGGCCCAAAACUCACCAUCAUCUACAACAAACCCCUUUCCUACUCGCAGGUAUGUUCAAAUAAAUUGUGCGGCCGCGAAUAUGGAUUUUUCAAUUGGACAUGGCGAAAUUCCCCGCGGUUGUGGGAUUUGGCGACCCAGACCGAGCGAUUCAAGACCCAAAAUCGAACAUCCAGGCGGCCAGACGUCACAACUCACUCGCUAACCUUUUACUUUACAGCCCAUCUAGGCUUACCUAUAUCACAAAAUGGCUGACCCCCGUAUCGAAGAGCUCCCUGACGAGGAGGUUCCCAAGACCCAGGUUGAGGAUGCCGGCGACUCUUCUGAGUCUGAGGCCGGUGAGGAGGCCACCAUCCCCGGCGGUGCUGCCGUCACCAUCCACUCUCGCAACGAGAAGAAGGCCCGUAAGGCCAUUGGCAAGCUCGGCCUGAAGCACGUCCCCGGCAUCACUCGUGUCACUCUCCGCAGACCUAAGAACAUCCUCUUCGUUGUCAACCAACCCGACGUCUACCGCUCUCCCUCCAGCAACACCUGGAUUAUCUUCGGUGAGGCUAAGAUCGAGGACCUGAACUCCCAAGCCCAGGCUUCCGCUGCUCAGCAACUUGCUGCCGCUGAGGCUGCUGGUGGUGACCACGCCGGCCACGACCACGAGCACGACCACGACAAGGGCAAGGGCAAGGCCCCCGAGACGGAAGCUAAGAAGGAGGAGGAAGAGGAUGAUGGCGAGGAGGUUGACGAGACCGGUCUCGAGCCUAAGGACAUUGACCUCGUCGUCGCACAGGCCAACGUCUCCCGCAAGAAGGCCGUCAAGGCUCUACGGGAGAACGACAACGAUAUUGUCAACUCAAUCAUGGCGCUCAGCAUAUAAGCUGGGACCGAAUAAUGUACGCUGUUAAUGGCUGAGUGUUUUAGCCAGUGUGGUCGAAUGUAUUUCGGGUUUGGAUUCAGGUUGAUAUUCCCUCGGAUGUCCGUCCGGCUUCAUAGUGUAAAUCAUUUAGUCCAAAAGCAAAAUGAAUGAACCGCCACCUUUUUUACAGCGCUGAAUAUGACCAAUAUAUUUUCCAAAUAAUAAUAUUCCAGGC